UGUGACGUCACCGUGCGCGUGUUUCCGGUUCCCUGCCCCCCCCUCCUCCUUCUCUCUCUCAGCUCCAUCAUGCCGCCCAAAGACCAGAAAAAGAAGGCCGACUCCAAAUCGGCCCCGCGCAAAGACAAAGAUGCGGCCAACAAGGCCGGAGGCAAGGCCAAGAAGAAGAAGUGGUCGAAGGGGAAGGUGCGCGACAAGCUGAACAACCUGGUGCUGUUCGACAAGGCCACGUACGACAAGCUGCUCAAGGAGGUGCCCAACUACAAGCUCAUCACGCCCGCCGUGGUGUCUGAGCGCCUCAAGGUGCGCGGCUCCCUCGCGCGCGCCGCCCUGCAGGAGCUGCUCGCCAAGGGGCUCAUCAAGCUCGUUGCCAAGCACCGGUCUCAGCUCAUCUACACGCGCAACAUCAAGGUGGGCGAGGGCGCGCCCGCCACCGACAAGCCGGCCACCGACAAGCCGGCCGCCGCCACCGAGGACGCAUGAACGGGUGUUUUGCCGCCGGUUUUGUCAACGUAACGGUGAUGAUUGGAAGUUUUAAAUAAAUGUUUUAAAUCCACCACA